AUGUCAUUUUUAGAAAAUGAGAUAGAUGUUGGAAAUAAACCAGAAUAUACUCAAAAUCAAGGACCAGUUAAUAUUGAAAAUGGUAAAAUUAUUGGUAAACGUUAUAAAAUAAUUAAAAAAUUAGGUGAAGGAGGUUGUGGUGCUGUAUAUAAAUGUCUUAAUAUUGAUAAUGGAAAAUAUUAUGCUUUAAAAGCAGAAUCAAAUUUUGUUACAGGUGGAACAGUUUUAAAAUUAGAAGCACAAAUUAUGAAAAAACUUAAAGGAAAAAUUUGUAAUAUUAGAAUGGUUGCAUCAGGUAAAAAGGAAAAAUAUUGUUAUAUAGUUAUGAAUUUAUUGGGAAAAAAUCUUUCUGAUUUACAUAAUUUAUGUGGGAAAUUUACAUUAUCAACACUUAUACGAGUUGCAAUUCAAUGUUUACAUGCCAUUAAACAGGUGCAUGAAAUUGGUGUUGUACAUCGUGAUGUUAAACCUGCUAAUUUUGCUAUUGGUAGUAAUGGUAUUAGUGUUAAAAUGAUUCAUAUAUUAGAUUUUGGUUUAGCAAGAGAAUAUACAAUUAUGAAAAAUGGAAAACUUGAACAUCGUGUUGGUAGAGAUGGAGCAUUAUUCAGAGGAACAGUAAAAUAUUGUUCCAUUAAUACUCAUUUACGUUGUGAACAGGGACGAUGUGAUGAUUUGUGGUCUUUGAUGUAUUUAUUAGGUGAAUUUAUAAAAAUAUUACCAUGGGAAGAUUAUUGUGAUGAUAAAGAAACUACAUUAAAAUUAAAAAAAACAACUAAAGAAGAAACAUUAUUUCCUGGAUAUGAUAAUUUUACAUCUAUAACAACAUACUUAAAAACAUUAAAUUAUUAUUCUAAACCUGAUUAUGGAAAUAUUGCUCAAGUAUUUUUAAAAUAUAUGAAAGAUAAUAAUGUGAAAUAUACAGAUCCAUAUGAUUGGGAAACAAAAAAAUUUUUAGAAAAAAAAGAUAAUUUUAGUGAUGAUGAUACAUCAAUAUCAAAUAAGAAAGAUAAAAAUAAAAAAGAUAUAAAUAAAAAAGAUAAAAAAAAGCAAAAUGUAAUUUCAAAACAUGCAACAAGUACAUUAGAAUCUGUUGAGUAUGAUUUUGCCGAUGUUUUUAGUUUACCAAAUUUUGAAAAUACAGAUAUGAAAUUUUAA